GUGAAACCUUUAUAUUCAGUUGGAGAUGGAGGCCACCACCUUCUGCCUUCAGGUGAAGGUGGCUCAAAGAUACAGCUUAAUGAAGUGCUCCCAUUGACUCCAUUACUUGAGUUUAAGAGAGAGAAACUAGAGAGAGAGAGAUGGGUCAGGGAUUGAGUUGCAGAGAGAGUGACGUACAUGGGCUGUUCAGAGCCGUACAAUUUGGGGAGCUGGACACUGUGGAAGAUGUGUUAGAGAGAGACCCGACUCUCCUACGCCACUCCACCGUCUACGACCGCCACUCUGCUCUUCAUAUCGCCGCCGCUAACGGCCAGAUCAAGAUUCUUUCUAUGCUGUUAAAACGAUCUGUAAAUCCAGAUGCGUUAAAUCGUCACAAGCAGACUCCAUUGAUGCUGGCUGCAAUGCAUGGCAAGAUCUCCUGCGUGCAAAAGCUUCUUGAAGCAGGAGCAAAUGUAUUGAUGUUUGAUUCCCUCAACGGAAGAACUUGCUUGCAUUAUGCCGCUUACUAUGGCCAUUCCGGUUGCCUUCAAGCUAUUGUUUCUACUGCUCGUUCGAGUCCUGUUUCUGUUUCCUGGGGAUUUGCCCGAUUUGUGAAUAUUAGAGACGGUAAAGGAGCAACACCGUUGCAUUUGGCAGCACGUCGAAGUAGGCCUGAAUGUGUACAUAUUCUGUUAGACAACGGGGCUCUUGUGUCUGCUUCAACUGGUAGAUAUGGCUUCCCUGGGAGCACUCCACUUCAUUUGGCGGCUAGUGGGGGAUCUCUGGAUUGCAUACGGGGAUUGUUGGCAUGGGGUGCAGAUCGUGUUCAAAGAGAUUCAUCGGGGAGAAUACCAUAUAUAGUUGCUUUGAAACACAAACACAGAGCUUGUGCGGCCAUGCUAAAUCCUUCAUCAGCUGAGCCUCUUGUGUGGCCAGCACCUUUAAAGUUUAUUAGUGAGCUUAAUCAGGAAGCAAAAGCUCUACUAGAACAGGCCUUAAUGGAGGCAAACAGGGAAAGGGAAAAGAACAUCUUGAAAGGAACUGCUUACUCUCUUCCAUCUCCGUCGCAUUCUGAUGCAGGGACGGAUGACAAUAUAUCUGUGGAAAGCGAAUUAGAUCAAUGCUGCAUAUGCUUUGAGCAGGUGUGUACAAUUGAAGUCCAGAAUUGCGGUCACCAAAUGUGUGCACAAUGCACUCUAGCUCUCUGCUGCCACAAGAAGCCAAAUCCAACUACAUUAUGCCUUACGCCACCGGUUUGCCCAUUCUGCCGAAGCCCAAUUGCCCAUUUGGUAGUUGCAAAGAUCAAAAGUUGUGAUGAUGGUGAUCAUGACACCGAAGAUAACAAUUCCUCCAAACUAAGAAAGGCAAGGAGGUCCCGAAACUUCAGCGAGGGCAGCAGCAGCUUCAAGAGCUUAUCGGCACUUGGUUCUUUUGGGAAGAUGGGCGGCCGUGGCUCAGGAAGGAUUAUUGCCGAGAAUGAAUGGGUUGACAAGCCUUGAUGCUUGUCAGAUUCGUUGCUUUCAUGCAAGUGAAACAGAGAAGAAUCCAAGGAGCUGCUGUGUACAGAUAAGAGUCCCAUGUGUUAUGUAGUUUUGGAAAACAAGCAAAGGGAGUUGCAGGCAAAUUGGGUUAGGGUUAGAUGUGUUGUGGUCCUCUUAAAUUUGUUUACUUGAGGUUCAAGGAAGUUAUUAGUUGGUGGUUUGAGAGAGUAAAAAGAGGGGAAAAAAAAAGAGGAAGAAAUUAUAUUUCUUAGUUGAAAGUUCAAAAUUCUUGAAUGGCUGGUUGGAAAGAGUCGAAGGGUAUGUUGUGUGCUUUUUGGUCCCCACCAAACACUUCUCUUUCCUUGCGGAAAUGUAAUAUUAUUUUAUUUUCAUUUUUUGGGUGGCAAGAUUGAAUUAUUUUUCUGUAGUUUGUGCACAGAAAUGGGAUUGUAGUGCAAAAAAUACAAACAAAUAAAAGUCAUUUUCUUUUUUUUACAAUCAA